GACCGCUCAAUCAGUUAAACCUGCCCAAGUCGUUCAGACGUGUUUUGGUUUUUCGAAACGGCUCGCGGCACUCCAAUCGCGUUUGUUUGUGUUGUUGUUUUAUGUUUACUUUGUUGUUCCUAAGUUUAGUAUCAGACUGUGCUUUAUCACUACCGGUGCUGAUGUGUUGAUUGUGAUUGUGAUUAGUUGACACUAAAAACCCACCUGUGAAAAUCUGCGAGUGUUAUCAGUUCGAUUAGCCCGAGUGAGUUACCCCUCGUUGAUAACGGAACCGGAGCGGGUGGCAAACAAUUUAGAAGCACAAGGCGAGAUAUUUUUGCACUCCGAAUGAUUCAAGCUUGCAUCGCACCAACGGAACGUAUUAAUAACCGAGGCAAUCAACCUUUUGAACCAAUUGCCGGGAAGUUGAUUUCAUCCAUCAGUUAUCUUCCACCCGUCCUCAUUGCCCCCUCAACUCGGCAUCGUGCUGCUGAAAAUGCGAACAGAUUUCGCGUAGAAUCUCGCCAAGGCUCUUCUCUGUUUGCGGUUUCGCACUGUUAGUGUACACGUCCCUCGAUCAAUUAGUCUCAGUCGGUUCAGCAGUUCGCGAAGGCAAAAUGGGAAUUGAUACGGCGAUCGCCAUCGAUGUGCAAAAGGAGACCGGCGGGCAGGGUACGUGUUUGAGCUUUCGCAAUAUCGCCUAUCUGGUGAAGGGAAGCGAUGGCAAGAGCAAACAACUGCUGCACGGUAUUUCCGGUAGCUUUCGAUCCGGCCGCCUGGCCGGAAUUCUCGGCCCUUCGGGAGCGGGGAAGUCAUCUCUUCUGAAUAUUCUCAGUGCGUUCAAAACGAAAAAAGUUACCGGCGAAGUGUUGGUCAAUGGACAAAUGAUCAAACGACAGAAGUAUCGGCGGGAGGUGACGUACACUUCGCAGGAUGUCAGCAUGCUCGGCAACAUUACCGUGGUGGAAAGCUUGGAUUUUGCGGCGGAACUGAAACUUCCGAAAUCCGUGUCCAACAUGGUUAAAUCGAAAACCGUCAACGACAUUAUCAAACUGCUGGGACUGCAAAAGUGCGCCAACAAUCAUGUCGAUACGAUCUCCGGUGGGGAGAAGAAACGGCUUUCCAUCGGAUUGGAGCUGAUUUCGAAUCCGAAGAUACUGUUUUUCGAUGAACCGACCAGCGGAUUGGACAUCAUUGCCGCGAUGCAGGUGAUCGCUCAUUUGAAGGAGUUGGCACUCAGCGGACGGUGCGUGGUUUGCGUGAUCCACCAACCGAGUUCCAGUAUUCUGCAGAUGUUUGAUGAUCUGAUGAUUCUUUCCGAAGGGCAGUGUAUUUACAGAGGACCGCUAGACGAAUUGGUAGCCACCUUCAAGGCUAGUGGUUUCGAGUGUCCAAACUAUUACAACCGAGCGGAUUUCGCGCUAGAAGUGGCCAGCUUAAAGCACGAGGGUAAUCUAUUGCAUCUGAUCGAGAAGGCCAAGGAGGAUGCUAAAAUCGGUGAAAAAGUGGUGGCUGAUUCCAGCGAAGAAUGUGACUCGUUGCUGGUGACCACUGGCACCGAUGAUGUGGAAUCUCCAGACUCUGCAGACCGGCAGUAUCCAGUUUCACAGUGGAGCCAGUUCAUGACUCUGACGAAGCGAACGACCUUAUGCACGAUGCGUGACUUGCAACUGAUGAAGAUGAGAAUGAUGGCUCAUCUGUUUGUCGGGCUGCUGAUCGGAGUGGUGUUCUGGGAUGUGGGAAACGAUGGCUCAAAGGUGCUCAGUAAUGCGUCUUGCUUGUUCUUUUUCCUGAUAUUUGCGUUCUUCGCCAACUCCAUGCCACUGGUGAUGACCUUUCCGCUGGAAACGGCUGUGUUCAUCAGGGAAAGGAUGAACAAUUGGUACUCACUCACGGCCUACUUUUUCUCCAAACUGGUGGCAGAUUUUCCAUUCUUGAUUCUAGGACCGACACUGUUCCUUGCCAGCGCCUACUACAUGACUGCCCAACCGAUGGAGCUGGAACGCGUGGUGAUGCUAUGGGGAAUCUGUAUCCUGACUGCUUGGAUUGCUCAACUGACCGGUUUACUGGCAGGCAGUUCAUUGCCACUAGAACUUAGCGUAUUCUGCGUACCAUGUUCCGUCAUCCCGAUGCUAAUUUUCUGUGGGUUCUUCGUGCGUUUCCGGGAAAUGUUCGACUUUCUGAUUCCGUUCACCUACAUCGGCUAUUUUCGGUACAGUUUCGAAGGUGCCAUGCAGGCCAUUUACGGGUUCGAUCGGGCAAAUAUCCCGUGCGAAAAGUUUUGCUACUUCGGCAAGGUUUCCAAGUUUUUGGAAAGCUUUGACAUGGCCGAAAAUAAGUUCACCAUGGAUGUGUCCGGACUGUUGGUGUGGGUUUUUGUGCUGCAUGUGGCAUUGUAUGCAAGUUUAGCGAUAAGACUGAAACGGAAUCAAUGAUGGGAGUUUUUUUUUGGUUAUUUUAGAAUUAGGUUUUGUUCGAUUAUAUGAACCGGUGCGAAGGGUUCAAUUUGCUAAUA